AUGCCACAAAAUGAGCAAGAGUCGGACCAGGGCCAGGCAGAGCGCCUGAAAACCGAGCUCUUUGAGUGCAUUAGCAAAAUUGUGGACGACGAGACCUUGACGCUUAAUGUCACUGCCACACCACAGUUCACCAACGCACUGCUAGAGUUGGCAUGGUCACAUAUGGAAUCUGCCAUCGUUGAUGUAGAGGCGUUUGCCAAGCAUGCCGGGCGGUCAACCGUCACCCCGGCCGACGUGCUAAUGCUCUGUCGCCGCAAUGAUGGGUUGAAUCAAACCAUGAAGACAUACCUGGAACACCUGGAGAAAGAGCGCGAGGAGGCCUCUUGA